AUGGUCUCUCCGGAAGCCAACGAGAACACACCGUUGAUACCUUCAACUGAGCAUGUCAACACUCGACCCACUCGAGCUCGUGCUGGAUCGGUUGUUUCCUACACCUAUGUAAACUCCCAAUGUGCCAAUGUCUCCAACAAGGACAACAAUGCCCAACAAUCGACAAAACGAAAACUUGUAUUCGCAACAGUGCUUGCGUUGUUGUUCUUUACUGGUGAAUUGAUUGCUGGUUAUUUUGCAAACUCUUUGGCCUUGAUGUCAGAUGCCUUCCAUCUACUUUCCGACGUGGCUAGUUUUAUCGUUGCACUUGCUGCCAUCUAUCUUGCUGAAAAGCCGGCGACGAAACGACACACAUUUGGCUUCCAUCGUGCCGAGGUUAUUGCAGCAUUGGUAUCAGUUUUCACCAUUUGGAUCUUGACAGCUUUCUUGGUAAGAGAAGCUAUCGAACGUGUCAAGAACCCACAACAUAUCGAUGCCAAAUUGAUGUGUGUUACUGCUGCCAUUGGCGUGGUUAUCAACAUUGUCCAUAGCCACGACGACGAAGAGGAGCAUGAUCAUUCAAAUGGAAAUGGAAAUGGAAAUGGUGUCCCACAUAGAGAAGCCAACAUCAACCUCCGUGCAGCUGCACUACAUGUCAUUGGAGAUCUUUUGGCUUCCAUUGGUGUCCUCGUUUCAUCCAUCAUUCUUAUCUUCAAGCCAUCAUUGACAAUCGUUGAUCCUAUUUGUACGUUCAUCUUUUCGCUUCUCGUUUUAUACACCACAUACCACUUGGUGCGCGAUUCGCUUGGUGUUUUGAUGGAAGGCACUCCUGGUCAUAUUGAACUUGAUGCUAUCAAACGAUCCUUGCAAGAUAUCCCCGGCGUAGUAGCUGUACAUGACCUUCACGUGUGGACCUUGUCACCUGGCAAAAGUUCUUUGACAGCACACAUUACUGUAUCCCGAGAUGCCGAUCUUAGCUAUGAUGAGAUCCUCGCACGAGGUCAACGCGUUGUGUGCGAUCAAUUUGGUGUACAUCAUUCAACACUUCAAGUAGAAUCCGAACAAGCCGGUUUCACAAGUCAUUGUCGUCCUGAGAUUUGUAAUGCUCUUCACGAAUAG